AUGGCAAAGACUAUCGACUUUCUCGCCUCGGAUGGUGGGGAUGACUUCUCAACCUCACGUCCAGCCAAAGUCACUCGAAGCAAGAACGCCACCGCUUCCUCCAGCAGUAAACCAUUAAAACGUUCUCGCAAAGCCGCCAACGACAGCGACAACGACGAUAACGAUGAUGGCCUCGAUAUCACUUCUUCCCUCCUCCCUACCCCCGCUGCUGCUACAACAAGCGCUCCCACACCCGCACCCAAACUCAGCUCCUCCCAAUCAGCAGCUAAGAAAGCGUACGCCUCUCGCACUGCCUCGAAGCCCACCGACCCAGAAGAUGACGAUGCACAGUUCAUCGCUUCUGUCAUGCAACAAGCCAAUGUCAAAGCCGGUGUCGAAGUCGCCAAAAAGGCUCUCUCAGGCAAAAAAAAGCUAGGCUCAGGCAUCCUCAUCGGGGGAGGCUCGUUCCAAUCCAUGGGUCUCCAUCCCUCCCUUCUUCGCUCUCUCCUCAUCAGGGGUUUUAGCACCCCAACACCCAUCCAGAGACAAGCAAUCCCAGCAAUCAUCGCUCAACCUCCACGCGACGUCGUCGGAAUGGCCCGUACAGGUUCCGGUAAAACCCUAGCAUACCUCAUCCCACUCAUCAACCGCCUGAACGGUCGCCAUUCAAGCACGUUCGGGAUCAAAAGUCUGAUUUUGUGCCCCUCGCGAGAGUUGGCAGUCCAAAUUCUCAGGGUCGGCAAAGAGAUUGCGAGAGGUUGGAAAGGUGAUCCCGGAAAAGACCAGGAUAGUAGAGGGCGGGCUAUUCGAUGGGCAAUGAUCGUCGGAGGUGAAUCGUUAGAUGAGCAAUUUGGGAUUAUGAGUAAUAAUCCUGAUGUUGUAAUUGCUACUCCUGGACGAAUGUUGCAUUUGACGGUGGAGAUGAAUUUGGAUCUCAAGUCGGUGGAGUAUGUUGUGUUUGAUGAGGCGGACAGGUUGUUUGAAAUGGGUUUUGCAGAACAGUUGGAGGAGAUGUUGUUGAGGUUGCCACCUACUAGACAGACGUUGUUGUUCAGUGCUACUCUGCCGAAGAAGCUUGUCGAGUUCGCCAAGGCUGGGUUGCAGGCUAAUCCAAAGCUGGUUAGGUUGGACGCGGAUAGUAAGAUCAGCGCAGAUUUGAGCAUGACUUUCUUUUCAGUCAAACCUUCAGAGAAGGAAGCUGCACUCUUGCUCCUCCUCCGUGACCUUAUUGGCGUGCCACUGGGCGAGCAGGCAGCACCAGACUACGAAGAGGAAGCGCAAUUUAACCAAGACAAUAGCAACGACGAAGGCGGCACUCCACACAGAGGCUUCGGUAACCGCAAAUCGAACUUCAAAGGCAAACCCUCCAAGUUCAAUGGCAAACGCAAGCGAACUGGACCUGGAGGAGCACUCGAACUCCUCCCCCACCAAACUAUCAUCUUUUGUGCCACCAAACAUCACGUCGAAUACCUCCUUCUCCUUCUAACCACCACCGGCUACGCUUGCUCGCACAUCUACUCUUCCCUCGACCAAGCUACACGUGGAAUCCAAAUGUCCAGGUUCAGACGAGGUCAAACGAGCUUGCUCAUCGUAACUGAUGUUGCUGCAAGAGGUAUCGAUCUGCCCGUGCUCGAACACGUAGUUAACUUUGACUUUCCGCCUCAAUCGCGGACCUUCGUGCACAGGGUCGGACGAACAGCAAGAGCAGGAAGAAAUGGUUGGGCUUGGAGCAUGUGUACGAAUGCCGAAUUGCCGUACCUCUGCGAUCUGCAGCUUUUCCUCGCAAGGCCGUUGAUCUCGUCUCACAUGGCUGUGGCGAAAAUUGCGGAAGGGAAGGAUGUGGAAUUUGCGGAUCCACUGAACUUGCACGAGAGUCUGGUACUGGGUACGUUCCCGAGGGAGGCGUUGGAUUUGGAGACGGAGUUCAUCACCUCCUCCCUCAUCAACACCAACAGUAGUACGGCGCACGAUAUCCCUGCUCUGAGACAGGUAGCCGAACGAGCACAGCAGAAGUACGAAAAGUCCAUCGCGAAAGCUUCGCAGGAAUCGCACCGCAGAGCAAAAGAAAUGAUCAAAGCGGGAAGCAUCGAGCAGAUCAACAUCCGUACUGCCGCUGGGACCGAAGGUGAAGUACCGGAAUGGACGCUUGCUGGUUCGCCACUGGAGGAGAUGGCGGUACACGACGUUGUCAAGCGAGCCGAAGUGUAUGGGUUGAACGGUCCCACAAUGGCUGCUGCCGCCAAGUCGAUUCUUGGCAGCGAUGCUGCUGAAGGUGCAAGCGCGGCAGGCAGCGGCGGAAAGGCAGCGUUGAAGGAGGCAGAAGAAGCGGCUGCACGGGCUGCGUUGUUGGCCAAGGUGAACUCUUUCAGGCCGCAAGAAACGGUGUUCGAGAUUGGCAUUCGAGGUGAUGCUACGCCAUUGGGUGCACUGAUGAGGAGCAGGAGACAGACGAUGGACGUCAAGACGAAGCGUGCCCAGGCGAUGGAGGAGCGAAAGAGGAUGAUGGAGGGUGGAGCCGCCAGUGAUGAAGAAGAAGACGCUCCUAGUGCUGCCGGGAAGAGUAGUAAGAAGGGCAAGAAGCCCGUCGCCAACGACGAAGAUGAGGCGAUGGGUGGCGCAAUUGUGGAUCUCGAGCAAGCGGACGAAGCCGAUAUCUUGGCCGCCUUCGAUACCACUCGUUCUUCCUUCUCCGCUAACAAAGCUGCUGCAGCCAAGAUCGCCGCCGAGGACUCGGAAGACGAAGCUUCAGGCUCGGACUCUGAUGCUGACACCACCGCUGCCGCUCGCCCCACCAAGCGCACCCGCGCCACCACUACCAGCACCAGCACCAAGAAGCGCCCCGCUCCCGGCUCUUUUAGAGACCCCAACUUCUACCUCUCCUACGAGCAAGAAGGAUCCCGUUCCGAACGCGGCUACUCGCUCAACAACCCUCAAUCCAACGGCAUCGAUUCUUUCAUCCAACAAGCUUCCGCAGCCUCUUUCGAUCUUGCCGGCGACGAAACCGUCCUCGGCGCUCAGACGCAACGUCCCAACGUCACUCGCUGGGACAGCAAAAAGAAAAAGUUCAUCCAAGGCACAGUAGGAGCGGAUAACAAAAAGAUGAUCCGUACCGAGUCUGGUGUUCGUUUGCCCGCAUCCUUCCGUUCUGGUCGCUUCGAAGAGUGGAAGAGGGAGAAGCGAGUGGAUAUUCCCAAGACGGGCGAGACAGAGGGUAGGGGUGACGAAGCCGGGGGUAGCGUGAUGGGGUUGAAGAAGUUCAGACAUAAUAAGGUGACUCCAUCGAAGAGUGCGCUCGCGGCGGCGCAGACGUUCGGGAAGGGUAGACCGGGACAGGCGAAGAGACAGGCGGCGAAGGAUGAGGUGAAGAGUGCGAGGCAGAUUCAGAAGGAGAGAGAGAUCAAGCAGAAUAGGAUGGAGAAGAAUGCUAGACCGAGUAAGAAGGAUGGGAAAGGUGGAAGAGGUGGUGGUGGUCGAGGUAGAGGUGGCGGCCGAGGUGGAGGAAGGGGUGGAGGAAGGGGUGGAGGAAGGGGAGGUGGUGGUAGAGGUGGUGGUCGUGGUGGAAGGAGGUAA